CCAUGACCAUCCCUUUGACAACCAGACAGGAGCCAACCGGAAAGCUGGAACCUGAGCCGAUUCAACAAUUUCCAGGGUGACAUUGGUUAUUUUUAAAUACAUAUUGGCUCUCGCCAUUAUAAAGUCAGUCACACGAUUAGUUCUAUAAUCUUUCACUUUCGAUUCUCAUCACGGAAGUACGUUUCCGAGCAAUGACCAGAGGACGAGUGGAGCUGUAAAGACCGUUCACCCUCAGAGGUGUCUCACAUCCUCCCUAGUCUUUCCCCAACAGACAGUGUUGACAGGACGCAAGGUUGAAGCUGUGAUUUCAGCCCAGCCAAGCCAGAAGGGAUAAUAGAAAUUGCAGAUGCUGGAAAAUCUGAGAUAACAAAGUGUAGAGCUGCAUGAACACAGAAGGCCGAGGAGCAGGAGAAGGGAUGGCAGGGUUCCCAGUGUUAGUGGAGGGUCUGCCUGUCGAGCUGGACUCUGUCAAAAGUAAACUCGCCAUUUAUUUCCAAAGCAAAAAGAGAUCCGGUGGAGGGGAAUGUGAGAUCAAAGCGCACAAAGAUCGGAGGAAAUUCUUGGUCUACUUUGAAAGUGAGCAGGCACAGAAAAACGUGUUGAAGAGUGAGUUCCACAUGGUACCACUGUUGGGCUCAGAGACUGUUCAGCUUCGAGUUAUAGGCUAUGAGUGCGAUAAUAGGAAAGAAAGUUCUGUGAGCCCCAAGAAAGUGACAGCACACUCCAGCAAAGAGCCAGCAAGAGAACAAAGCCAAUUACUGACCACUUCACCAGACCACAACACACAUGAACAGACGCUAACAAAAGGAUCUCAAAAUCAAGGAUCUUCAGUUCCAAUGGAAGGAUCAGUUCUAGAGCCCUACAACACAGAGGACAGCUGCCUCAGUCAGAUGCUGGUCAGCAGUGAUGGUCCAUUAGAUACAGAUGUUGUAGCAAUGUAUUUUGAAAAGUUUGCGUCAGAUGUGAAAAUCCAUGAAAAUGACGUAACUUCUUGGUUUGUAACCUGCUCAAGCAGAAACGAUUUGGAAAAAAUAAUUUCACAAAAACAGCACAAGCUGGGUGGCAAAACUCUGGAUGUGCAAUUAUAUGAUAGAAGGAAAGAAGAUGAAAAGUAUGAGCCCCGAACUUUUCUUUUGAAAGGUUUUGAUGUUAAUUCGAGAUUAGAUCAUAUUUCAUUGUACAUUGACAGUCUCAGUAAUAGCACACGGCAUCGUAUUGAACCUUUGCAGGAUGGUGAAACAGUGGUGAUCACAUUUGAGACUGAUAUAGAUGCCAACUCCUUUCUGAAGAAUUGUGGUCAGAAGCCAUUUGAAAACAGUUGCAUCACUGCCAAACGACUGGCCAAGACAAAUUCAGUGCAGAUAGAAGGAGUUCAGCCCAGUUUGAGUGAUGAUUUGCUCGACUUGUACUUUUCAAAUACAAAUCGCAGUGGUGGUGGGGAUAUCACUGAAAUCAUUGUUCAAAGACAUGCAGAGAAAGCUAUUGUUUGUUACCAAGAUCAUGAGGUGGUAAAAAGAGUCAUCGAGAGGGAGCAUUGCCUAAAGGGUGUUCAGCUAUCAGUUAUUCGCUAUUACCAUGAUCAGCAAUUAUCAUUGUGUGGAGGUAAUGAUCCAAAAUUCAAACUGCCUGAACAAUGUGGUAUUUGCAUCAAUACUGUUCUUCUGAACUACAUUGCAAACACUCGUCGCUGUAAACAGGAGAUAGAAGAAAUUGCAAAGAGUGUUUAUUGUAACAUUACAUUUACGGACUCUCAAAAUUCAAACCAAAUGAUUUUGAAGCCAUCUUUUGAUGCAAAUAUAUUGUUGUGCUACAAAAUUGCUAAGGACUGGAAGAAGCUGGCAGAAGAGGCAAUUCAGAAAUUCAUUGGGCAAUUCGACUUCAGGGACUUUCCAACAGAUAAAGAAUUGUGGGAGAAAGUGAAGAACAAAAGUAGGGGGCUGAAAGCACCUGGCAUUGAUGUUGUUUAUUCUUCUGCAGAAAACAAGAUUGUCCUUGUUGGCAAAAAAACUAACAUUUUGGAAACUUCCAAAGUCCUAGAGGGAAUAUUGGAAAAAGCAAGGAAAGAAUUAGAUAUCGAAAGAAAUACCGUUGAAGAGCAGGUUUUAUUGCAAAGUCUCGAGGAGUUGGAAUUUGUGCAAAGCCAUGUCAAAGCCACUGUUUCCUCUGUGGAAAUCGCCACCUGCAAAGCUCCCCCUACUUUAAAACUGAAAGGGCUGAAGGAAGACGUUUGCCAAGCUCACAAAAUCAUCAGCCAGUUUCAAUCACAGUUAGAGAGGAAGCCCCUCAAUCAGUCUUCAUGCAUGACGGAUUUUAUCAAAUCGUUAGACCUCAAGGAAUUUGUGCAAACUCACUUCAUUCAAAAUGGUAUAAAGGCCACAUUGGUGUAUGGACAAUCAGUUGAGCUCUUGGCUGUCAAGGCCGAUGUAAGUAAAGGGGAAGAUAAAAUAAAGCAACUUUUCCAGGAAAUUAGGAUUGACUUGACUCCACAACAAAUCAAAGUCACUGAAGUUGACAACUGGAAAAGGUUCCUUGAUGAUUUAGAAGUUGACAUGAAGUCAAACACUGCAGGCUGCAGAAUCAGAGAGGAGAAGAAUCAGGGCACCAUAUUAAUUGUAGGAUAUUCCAACAUUGUUGUUGAUGUUGCAAAAAUGAUAAACAAUUACCUAGACAAUAAGGAGGUGAUCACACAAGUUAUUUCUGCCACAGUAAUGCAGGUGAACUAUAUGGAAAAUUGCUUCACUCUUUCAGAACUACCUGAAAUUCAAAACAAAGACAUCAUUAUAUCAUAUAUCAGAAAGCCUUCUCCAGGUUUAAAAAUAUCUGGUACAGCAGAGCAUAUGAAUGAGGCAGUUUCUGCUAUUAAGGAUAAGUUAUCACAAAUUCAGUCAGCAACGUAUACUUACAACAAGCCAGGAGAGGCCAAAGCACUGUCUAAACACAAAGAUAUCCUACAAGUCAAGGCCAGAGUUUGUGGAUGCAUAUUGUUAAUUGAAACCAAGGAAGAGUGCCAGAGUUUGUCAAGCCACCCACAACCUAUUAUGUUACAACAGAAACAAACCCACAUGCCACCAAUACUACCUCCCCAAGUUUCUACGCCAGCAGCAGCAGGAAUACAAAUAUGUGGGAUAACAAUAAAUCUAAAAAAAGGUGAUAUCACCCAGGAAAGUACAGAUGCCAUAGUAAAUUCUACCAACAACAAUUUAAACUUAAAUACUGGUGUAUCUGGUGCAAUACUAAAAGCUGCAGGCAGUUCUGUGCAAGAUGAAUGCGAAGCACUAGGUGAAGCAAAACUGAAUCCUCAAGAUAUUGCCAAUGCACUUCUGGAUGCAAUAAGUGAUUACGUGGUGGACUUUGCUCAACCUUCGCUGUCUUUGAUAAGGAUUAUUUUGUUCAGUCCAUUGGUGCUGGAUUCAUUUCGCCAAUGUAUAGAGAAGCGUUUCAAACAUUCCUACUGUUCGAAACUUGAUCAUCCUCCAGCACAAACAGUUCUUCCAUUGAAACCUAUUGAUGCAGUUCGACCUAUUUAUCCAGUCAUUCUGGGGGCAACAAAGAAUUUCACUGCCACAGUUGAGAUAUAUGGUGUGACGAAGAAUAACAUCACUGAGGUUCAGAAGGAUGUUGAAGAUUUCAUCAAAGGCAACUGCAGCAGCCAAAAAAUAUCCAACACAGUUGCAGGUUGUUUCUCAGAUGACGAGAGGCAACGAAUCACAGAUCUCUGCGAAAAGUAUCAACUGAAAGUUGAAAUUCGGGAAAAGGAAAUAAUAAUAGAGGGAUAUAAUGUGGAUGUUCUGGAAUCCAUUGUAGAAGUGAACUCUAUGCUCCAUUUUGUCAAGGAAAGAGAGACUAGAAAGCAGGAAGAGAUUCAGCUGAAGAAAACUGUCCAGUGGGAAAUUAUGACUGAUGAAACAGCGCAGCCUUAUGAUCAAUGUUUAAACUACGAAAUUGAGAGAGCUUACUUGGAUAAAAAGAAAACCAUAGUUUGCAUGAAAAAUGGGAAAAAGUGCACAAUUGAUUUUGGUUUGAUGCAAGAAAAGGAUUCAGAAGGAAAUGUAGUGGAUAUUAAGAGAAGAGUCCUUCAAGGAGGUAUGUCAAAAACAAAUAGUUAUCUUUUUGGAAGUUGCAGCACACAUCAUGGUGAAUCCUCAUAAAUUACUUUAGAUUACUCACUGAUUUUCCCUCAGACUAUAUUUCAAAAAAUGGCGUGUUUCUCCUUUUGAGUAAGCCUAAAGUUAGAAUCCCUGGAUGUGGUAACUGCCCUACUGGAAGUUUGAUGGGGCCAUCACACUGCUCUAUCCAAAUUCUGAGGCCAGGAUUAGUUAAAGAGAGUGUCAUUUGUGUUUCAGCUCUGAUGGCUAUCAAGUGAUCCCAAAAAGAAAGUAAAGGCAUGUUGAACUUCAGUUGAUGACCAAAUCAGAUAUGGUGAUAAUGUUGAUGAACUUGCUGACACACUGCAAGUUCUUCUAAUUAAAGGAUAAUUAGUUGGAGAUUGUAGUGAAACUACAUUCUAUCUUGAGUAGAGAGAAGGAUCAAAAUAACAGACAAUGGUUGGGAUUGGGAGUGAGU